AAUGACGCGACGCGGGUGCAGCGAGAAUAGCGAGAUCCGCGAAGGAAGAGCAAGAGAGCGGCCAACCGCGUUGGCCGCCGUGUGCGUUGCACGGAGUCACGACGCCGCGCCGCUUGACUUUAAUUCCACCGAGACGCGAUCGCGAAUAGAAUAACAUGUAAAAAGAGCACGAAGCUCGACCGCGGCUUGAUGUCUGCAGUGAAUCUCGCUGAAGGACGAUCAGCACGGAGGGACGAGGAAUCGCGGACGCGACGAACGGCGGAGAGCUCCGGCAAAAAUCGCGAACGACGCGACGGCGCGCAAAUGAAUGCAGGAUAUUUUCCUUGCCGCGAAUCAUCACGAAUGAUUCAUGCACCAGUUCACUUGUGCAUUCGCGGGCGCCAGGAGACCCCGAGUGACGACACUGCACAUACAUACAUAUGUCAUAUGGCCGUCGCGUCGGCGAUUGUUGACGACAGCCAUUGCUCGGAUCUGUCAUACGCACGCCGCCCGUCGUUGAUCCAAUUUAACGGCGACGUUUCCCGCGACAAUCGUGUAAGUACGUUUCGCGCACGGGUGACAAUUCAGCAUGGGCAACUGUUGCGGGUGCUGUAUCAAGGGAUCGUCGUCGUACGAGGAUCUCACUCCCGAUCGGGAAACUAUACGUAGGAAACAGGCGGAAGCGGCUGAGAAGAGGAUAGCCGAGCAACAGCAACGGGGCAUAAAGGAUGUAGAGUCCGUCAAGAGGCAGCAGCGACGGGCGUUGGAACUGGAGAAGCGAGAGCAGGAGGCUGCCGCUAGUGGCACGCAGCCUACGCUACGGUGGCAGGUACAAUAAACCGAUGAGAGAAAGAGAAAGAUACUGCGGGCUCGACUAUGAUUGAGCUCUAUAUUUUCUCUAUAUUCGGAGGAUUAAGUAUUCUACAUUUGGCUGACCAAAGUGAGGCAGACCUAACAUCACCGAUAACUGCUAUAGUCACACAAGUGCAAUCUUAUUUUGUAUAAUUUACAUAGAGUUAUGGGAGAGUAAGUUCCAAGUCAUUUAAUUUAACAAAAUACAUCGGCUGAAAUCGAAUGAUUGGUACCAGAAUUUGUUUCCAGCUGACGCGUAUAUUUUUUUAUCAUAUUUUAUAUGUAAGUUAUAUAUGUAUUUAUAUAUAUAUAUAUAUAUAUACAUGAUUGUACAUGUUUUAAAAUUCGCUGAACUUACCACUGCGAAUUGUUAAAAUUUUGCAAUCGUGUUUGAAGCUUAAUUUUGCUUCUGCUUUAAUCUGCUAAAUGAGUGAUCCUCUAUUUUCUUACCAGUGAUAUAUAUGAUAUACAUAUAAAUGUAUUACAUUUAUAUAUGUUUUCAGAGAGCUACUAUUGUAUAAACUUAAAUUUUAGAUGAUGAAUGAGAAUAUUUAUGAGCAAAAAGAUAAUCCUUAUGCAUUGUUAAUCUUUCUUUAAUAAAAAAUGAACUCUUGUGAUUGCAAGCUUCAGAUUUAGGAUCUAUAUAUGUGCCUAUACUUAAAAAAAAAAUGUAUAUCGAGAAAUAAGACUAAAAGUAUAUCAUUUGUCGUAUAUAUAUAUAUAAUCUCUUAUAUACGCAAGUUUGUAUCUAUUGAAAUACAAAUUUCAUAUCUGUAAUGUUCAAUAAUUAUGUGAUAUAAAAGCAAUUUGAAUUAUAAACUCUGAUAAUAUAUUUAUAUCUAUAUAUAAUAUAUUGUAUGUAUAAUA